AAUUGCGCCCGACCCCAAAACUGAAACACAAACCCUAAGUUCAGUCUUGACCUCCAUUCUCAACCCAGACUCGAGCUCCUCCUCCUCCUCCUCCUCCUCACCAUCACAAUCCUCCCUCCUCCAUUCUCAGGCGGAAUCUGAAGUGCCGAGAUCCCGACCUCGAUCUAAAAUUGAAGUAACAGCUCUGAAUCCUGAGCCCGGCCUCGAUCUGAGCUCCCUCUCCACCUUGCUCAACAGCUCGCUCUGGUCUUCUCCGCCCUCUGCUCCUCAACCCGUCGAUUCAAUUUCCGAUCACGAAGACAACGGCUUACCAGAGGCUAGAAUUUGGGGUCGCUAACGGUCGCCGUCAAACCCUUGCCAUCCGAUUUGGUCAAAAAGCUUCUCUUCCAGCACCUGAAGGGCGUCGACGACUGUAAUGAUAACAGCAUACUCACCGAAACCUAGACCUAAGAAUCUGCUGCUUGACCAGAAACAACAGAGCCUCAAGAUUGGCGAUGGGAUCAGUCAGUCUUUCGCUUUCUUUUGCGAGUUUUUAUGCCGUACAUGGUCACUCUCUGUUACCAGGUGUUGGAGAUUUUGCUUGGGUCCACAGAUUACUCGACUUGGCGGACAUUUGGACCCUCGGCUGCAUCUUCGCUGAGAUGGUCAUCGGGGAUGUACUGUUUGUUGGAAGUACUAAGAUUCUCCCAGGUUUGUCCGAUUUGCUCAAUUAAAGUUACACGGGACAUGUUAAGUCAUAUUACACUGCAACAUGGGCACUUGUUCAAGUUGCAGAGACGUCGCAGGUUACGUAGGGUUGCUGUUCCUAAUAGUCAAGCACUGUCUCUCCUUGGCCAGGAUCUUCGUGAGGCUCAUCUCCAGGUGCUUUUAGGGAGUGGGGGAUAUCGAUCAGAGAAUGCUAAUGUCACUAAUGCAGCUACUGAUCCAUUCCUGUCAUCACUUAUUUUGAAUUUCCCUGCAUCAGGAGCAGAUGAAAUUUCAAAAUCUGUGGUAACAACUGCUGAGGACACUCCUGCAAAGAAGGUGGCGCCAUCACAUAUUUGGAAAUCAAGACAGCAUAUCGACCUUGGCUCUAUAGACUGGAGUAGACACUGCCAAACUUUUGUUUGGAUAGGUGAGGAGUUCAAACAUCUUCAAGGUACAAGUGCUAAUCCCCAAGGUGGUGCCUAGUCAAUGCUUGAACAGUUUAUUGACUAUGGGUGCAUCUUCAAUACACUGCUCCAGUUUCUCAAGAACGCCAACCAGAUCCCUGGGCUGACAAGUCGUUGCUUCAUACUGCAACUCAAACUGGAGGUGGCACUAAUUAUCCUCUCACAGCUACACGGGAAUCUUUGUUUCUCAGCCGUGAGUCGCAAUUGGAAUCACAACUCCCAUCCUCUGGACUUUCCAUUUAUGGACAAGAGGCUUCUCUUUCUUCAAUACAUUCUUCAGGACUUGGCCGUCCUGGUGCUCCUAUUGUUACUCAGAUUACGCAAACAAUGCAAAUUCCUCUGUCUUAUGCUGAGGACAUUAUUGGGGUUGAAGGAAGGAGUAUUGAAUUUAUUCGUCGUAGUAGUGGAGCCUUGUUAACUGUACAAGAGAGCAGGGGACUACCUGAUGAAAUUACAGUGGAAAUAAAAGGCACCUCAUCACAGGUUCAGGCGGCUCAACAACUGAUUCAGGGCCUUGGAUUACAAGUUGUGAAAUAUUUGGCUGCCAAAUAUGAAGAGCUAGGGUGUGAAGUGAAAUGGAUGGGCAAGCCUGAUAAGGUGAUCUAGUCACAUUGGUCUGGUUACCGCUGUUAACUUCACUUCAUGUGAACCUUUAGCUUAAUACAUAUUUCUCUUGCACUUGACUACCAAGAUGAAUUUUGAGCAAGGCUAGUUUUUGCUUUGAAGCAAAGUUUGGUGUUGAAAUUUUGUAGAUUGUUGCUCAUAUGUUUCUAGGCUAGCAGCCUUUGUAGGUCUUGUGGUUUUCUUUUGUGACAUAUGUUCAAUCAUGAAUUUGGAAAGAAAAUUAAUGGAAAGCCCCAAUUUUUGGA